AGUUGGAGAAAACUAGCGAAAGUGAGCUCGCAUUAAAUCAUUCCAUUCGGCUAUUCGCUUAACCUUGCAUAAUGUUAAACAAUGAUUCCAGAGGCUUAUCAGUUGCAACAAGUGCGAGCGAAAUCCGCCGCGGAAUUGCAGGACGACAGUUUCGAGAGAGCCGUUCUCAACGUGAAUGCAACGAUCAGAGCUUAUCAGACUCGAGGACACGUAAUAGCUGACGUGGAUCCUCUGGGUAUACAAAACCCGGACUCUGCGAGAUUACAAGGAACCGCCAAUCUGCCACCCGCUAUCGUCGUGCGACAGCACCUGAAAAGUAUGACCGAAGCCGAUAUGAACAGAGAAUUUCCCAUCGACACCAUCUCGGUAAUAGGAGGCAAGAUGAAGAAGUUGCCUCUGCGCGAGAUACUCACAAGGCUGAAUAAAAUUUAUUGUGGCCAUUUGGGCCUCGAGUACACGUACAUUUAUGAUAUUAACAUGGUCAACUGGAUACGGGACAAGUUCGAGACCCCGAAUGUCUGGGAAUUGCCGAUGGAGCACAGAAAGUGGACUUGGAAGUCCGUCAUGAAAGCCGUCACGUUCGAAACCUUCAUGGCGAAGAAAUACGUAACCGAUAAAAGAUUCGGCCUGGAGGGCUGCGAAUCGUUCAUUACGGCGAUUCACGAGUGUCUCGAGUCAUCCGCAGAGAAAGGGGUUGAAAGCGCAGUCAUAGGCAUGGCGCAUCGAGGACGUCUCAACACUUUGGUCAACGUAUGCUCCAAGCCGGUGCACCAGGUCUGCACGCAGUUCAAUCCUAUUUCUCUGGAGGGAUUUGGAUCCGGGGACGUCAAGUAUCACCUUGGAACUUGCGCGGAAAAACGUUUGGAAAGAAGUGGGAAGUUAAUCCGCGUUUCUAUAAUGGCCAAUUCGUCUCAUUUGGAGGCCGUGGACCCUGUAAUCGUCGGUCGAGUGCGCGCCGAACAGGUUGCCCAGCAGGACCAUAAAAGUGAAAAAUCCGUUGCCGUAUUGGUCCACGGAGACGCGGCGUUCUCCGGUCAAGGAGUCUGCUACGAGACGAUGCACCUGACUCACCUGCCGAAUUACACCACGGGUGGAGUCCUGCAUUUUGUGAUCAAUAACCAGAUUGGAUUUACGACCGAUCCAAGGUACUCUCGAUCCAGUCAACAUUGCACCGACGUCGCAAGAGUCGUCAACGCGCCUAUAUUUCACGUUCACGCCGACGAUCCAGAUUUGGUUACGUAUUGCAGUAAAGUGGCCUGCGAGUACCGAGCCGAGUACCAUAACGACGUCGUAGUGGAUAUCGUGGGAUAUCGGAGAAACGGGCACAACGAAAUGGACGAGCCCAUGUUAACUCAGCCACUGAUGUACAAGCGCAUAAAGGAGCAUCCUACCGUGCUCGCCAUUUACACCGACAAGCUCCUUAAAGAAGGCGUCAUAACCGAGGAGUACGUUAAAACCGAAAAAGAGAAAUACCUGGACCACCUGGAAAGUGAAUUCCAAAAGGCCCAGACUGUUACUUCCAUGCAAAUGAGCGAUUGGCACGACGUGCCUUGGAACGACUUUUUCUCACAGCAAAGCUCAAAGUACAAGAUGCCCGUUACAGGAAUCAGUAUGGAGGAAAUUGAAACUAUUUGCACGGCGGUCUCGACGUCUCCUAAAGACAUUACACCUCAUGCUCAGGUGAUGAGGACUCUGGAAAGACGGCGAGGCUUGAAGGACUCCCGAAAAUUCGACUGGGGCAUGGGCGAGUGUAUAGCUUUCCUCAGUCUGCUGAAAAGAGGACACCAUGUCCGAUUGUCGGGUCAAGAUGUCGAGCGGGGGACUUUUUCGCACAGGAUGCACAUUAUUCACGACCAGAAUAAAGACAAGACGUAUAAGAACAUUCUGCACGACGUCUUUCCUGGCCAGGCAGAAUACACGGUGUCGAACUCCUCCUUGUCGGAAUAUGGAGUUUGCGGUUUCGAGCUUGGAUAUUCAGCAUUCAACCACAACGCCCUUACCCUAUGGGAGGGUCAAUUCGGAGAUUUUUCCAAUGGUUGCCAGGUUAUCAUAGAUUCCGUCCUGAGCUCCGGGCAAACAAAGUGGGGAAGGCAAAUCGGGUUGGUAAUGCUUUUGCCACAUGGGAUGGAAGGCCAAGGUCCGGAGCACUCUUCGGGAAGACUGGAAAGAUUUCUUCAGCAAUCGGACGACGACUACUCUUAUUUACCUGGCCACGAGCCCAACAGUCCCGGUAACGAGACCGCCGAGGAGAUCGAAACGCGUCAGCUGUUCGAGAUAAAUUGGAUCAUCUGUAAUUUAACGACUCCUGCGAACUUGUGUCACGCCCUGAGACGUCAAAUACUCCUUCCUUUCCGGAAGCCCUUGGUAAUCAUGACUCCGAAGUCCUUGCUUCGACAUCCUUUGGCCCAGUCGAGUUUCGACGAAAUAGGACCGAAGACCUUCUUCAAGCCCGUUUUGGCCGACCCGACAGCGAAACCAGAAACCGUGAAGAAGGUGCUGUUCUGCUCUGGAAAGGUUUACUUCGAGUUAUUGAAGGAACGUAAGAAACAAGGGCUAGACGAUACCAUUGCCAUAGUACGAGUGGAACAACUCUGCCCAUUUCCUUAUCAUGCGAUCGGCGCGGAAAUGGCGAAAUAUUUGAACCCAAAGGUGAUGUGGCUGCAGGAGGAACAUAAAAAUCAAGGAGCCUAUUCUUACGUGAGGGAUAGAUUGGCAUUGGCACUUGACCUUCCUUUGGAGGAGAUCAAGUACGGCGGGAGACCACCAUCGGCUGCACCGUCGACUGGCAGUAAAAUGAUUCACGUGGCAGAGAUCGAAGAAAUGAUGUCCAUGGCCAUGACUCUCGAUUAGAUUAAAUGAUAACGAAGGUGCGAUCGUCUCUGGAAUAAAAAUCUAACGACUCACCAAAAGACGUACGCGUUCGGCGUUUCGAUUAUUCGAGCCGAUGACAAGGCUUUUGAUAACGCUGGACCACAUCGAGGGCGCGAUACUACUCCUGGGUGUCAAUGUAAUCGAUAGUUGUCAUACGGCUAAGUCGAAGCGAAGCUUCCGCACGAGCAAACCGUGCUAACCAUUGGAGGUCUUCUUUAUAUCCUAAUUGAUGAUUCGCACCUUAAACAAACCCGGCUGUAUCUUAUCGAAUGGAGUUCCCCAUUGACACCGUCAAUAUGUAGUCUUCCUACAAUCGAACGUUGUUCAAAUUCCCAGGGAUAACGCGCUCUAAUGACUAAGCUAAUGACUAAGGAUUCGCCGAACAAUGUAUCCUACAAAUCUACUAUAAUUGUUUAUACGUUUCUCAGUGAAACUGCAAAUAUUUGUUUUUCAUCCUCUUUUUUUAAUGCUCGUACUCUAUACAUUAUUUACGAUGAAAUAUAUGUUUAUAAAUGUCUAGAGCAAGUAAUAAUUAAUUUUAACGAUUAGUAAUGAUAUUCGCCACGUAUCGCGUUAAACAUUCGCAUUCCGACUUGUGACGCUGCACUUGCGAUAACGGAGCAUGAAAAGUCAUAUUUUUGCGUCGUUAGCUAUUGUCGCUAUUAGUUAAUCUGUAGAAAAAAAAAUUAUAAUCCACGCGAGGAUAAAAAUAAUCGAUGAUGGUACGUGUCAGAUAUUGACAUAAUGAGACGUGUACACAAGCUGUACCGAGAAUACUCAUUUCGCGAUUGAAAUAUAGUAAUUAUAUCAAUCUCGAUACAAUUAUCCGACCACAAUCGAAGAUACACGCCGGGACAAACAUGUGGCAUUGACGUGUAGCGAAAGAAGCAUUGAUUCUAUUUUUAAUUAAUAACCGUUGCAUCAUAGAUGAAUUCCAUAAGACUGUGAAUGCACUUUAAAACUAUAACUUCGCGGAGCGAGUAUCAUGGCUGCAAAGGAAAUGGCCCUUCUAAAUGAAAUGAAACAAAUUCUGUGCGACUCACCAUU